UAAUUAGUGUUACAACUAGAUUUUAAUAAAAGGUAUAGACCUUAACCGGCUUUCCCACAAUACGCUGCUUUUGACACGUGUUUCUAAAGAUGGCAGCUUGCAUGCAUGCAUAACUUCACAGUGCUUUUAGAGCUCCUUAUUGUUUCAUAGGGAAGAAUACUGAAUAACAAGAGGAUUAUUUCACAUUGCAGGACAAAAUGACAGAUAUUGCUCUUGACAAGACUGAUCCAGCUGGUUCAUUACCCAGCACAGAGAAAGAACCAGACGAUGUAAUAGAAGAGAAAAACGAAGAGAAUCCGGCAGCAACAGCAGCAGAAGGAGAGGGUGCAGCAGGUGGUGUGUAUCGCUACAUUAAAGGAGAUCUCUUCACCUCUGAGAUCUUCAAAGUUGAGAUUCAGAACUUGCCCAAGUACAUUGGCUUUAACGACCUGAAGAAGUUCCUCAACAAGCAUGGCAUCAAUCCUCACAAAAUCAAGCUGUUUAGCAAACAGAUGUUUGCUUUUGUGACUUUUAAGAAUCAGGAGGAAAGGGACAAAGCCAUGAAGGCAGUGCACGGCAUGCAGUGGAAGAGUAAAGUGCUGAGUGUUCGUCUGGCCAAGCCCAAAGCUGAUCCCAUCCUCAAGAAGAGGAAACAAGAGGAGGAAGCAGAAGGUGGACAACCUGGUGCAAAACGUGCAGCCGGAAGCCAGGAGGCAGAGGAGGAUGAGGAAGAGCCUCUCGAUAUCCAGAUUGCCAAUGCUGUGACACCGUUGUGGAAUGUGCCUUAUGAAGAACAGCUGAAAAGGAAAGAGAGAGAAGUUGAAGGCAUUUUGCACAAACUGACCAGAGAAAUCGGUAACAACAACAAAGCCAUGCUGCCCUGGUUGUUUGUUCAAAAAGAGAAGUACAACAAACUGUGCUGUCCACUCGAGGCCAUACGACCAUCACCUGUGCAGACGGAGUACAGGAAUAAGUGUGAGUUUGUGAUUGGAGUGGGAGCAGAUGGAGAGGAUAAGACGGUGGGCUUUCGUUUAGGCAAGUAUAAAGGAGGAUCCUGUGCUGUAGUGAGUCCAUCAGAAACCACCCAUGUGUCUUCUGAGGCCAAGAGGGUUGUGCAGGGUUUCCAGAAGUUCAUCAGGACAACUCCGUAUGCAGUAUACAGUCCAGAGACUUACGAGGGUCAUUGGCGGCAGCUUACAGUCCGAACAAGCAGGAUAAAGCAAACCAUGGCCAUGGUGUUCUUCAACCCCCAGAAACUCCAAGAAAAAGAAAUUGAGGAACUUAAACGAAACCUGCGUCAGUAUUUUACUGAAGGAGAAGGAAAAGAAAGCGCCAUCACUUCAUUGUACUUUGUGAGAAUGGGACAAAGGACAUCUGCGGGUACAGAGGACCUGCCGUGUGAACAUGUGACUGGUGAAGAAUGGAUUCACGAAGAGCUUCUCGGACUAAAAUUCCGCAUCUCUCCACACUCAUUCUUUCAGACGAACACCCCUGCUGCUGAGGUUCUGUACUCUGCUGUGGGUGAAUGGGCACAGCUGGACCAGGACAGCACUGUGCUGGAUGUGUGCUGUGGAACAGGAACCAUCGGCAUCUCGCUGGCAAAGAGAGUGAAAAAGGUGAUUGGCAUAGAGUUGUGCCAGGAGGCAGUGGACGAUGCCAAGGCUAACGCUGAAGCUAACGGCUUGACCAAUGUGGAAUUCCACUGUGGAAAGGCUGAAGAUGUGUUCCCCACAGUUCUUAAUGCUGUUGUGUCCCAACGUCACGCAAUCGUUGACCCUCCGAGAGCAGGGCUACAUUCCAAAGUUAUUCUAGCAAUUAGAAGAGCAGAGCAUCUCAAGAGACUCAUCUACGUCGCCUGCAAUGCCAAAGCAGCUAUGAAUAAUUUUAUUGAUCUCUGCAGAGCUGUUUCUAACCGUGUCAAAGAGGAGCCUUUCCGUCCAGUGAGAGCUAUGGCUGUUGACCUCUUCCCCCAGACCAUGCACUGUGAAACCAUCCUGCUGUUUGAAAGAGUGGACUACAGCUCUGACACUCAGACGGCAGAAAGCUGAAGCUUUACCACCCAUCAUGGCUGUUUCUCUUCCCUUCAAACACCAAUUUUCUUACUUUCUUAAUAGUUCAACUGACUUGAUCAAAGUGCUCAAACCAUGACUGUUUUUUUUUGUAUAGGCUUUUCUCUUUUCUUUGCAUUAAAAACCACCCAAUAAAAAAAAAAACAAGACAUCAGUUUUCUGGUCAUUAAUUUAUUUGCAUAAACAAAUCACUGCGUAUCAGUGAUCAUGUGUCACAUGAAAUGAAUUUUAAUGCUUUACUUGCAGCUAAAUCAUCCAACAUUAUCCCUUCAAUGAGUGACUAAAAAGCACGCAUUUCUUCACACACUUAAUACACACGUAGCAAGACUGACAGGACAAGGCGUACACUCCAGACAUUUAUUGGGAAAGCAUAUUCUCUAAGCACUGCCUCAGUAUGGCAGCAUCCUUGUGCUCAUGGAAAACAGGAAAGUGCCUUUACAAACGCGUUGGAACAUUCAGAAGCACACAAACUAAAAUACUAACCUCAACGACAGUGCAUUGCAUUUUUUUUUAGUCGCUGUCUCAAGAAAACCUGAUUCCUCCCCCUCACUCAGUGUGUUAAACAGACUUCCUGUCAGACCUUCCUGUCAUAUCUUAAGGCCAGAAUUUUAUCUCUCCUCCCAUUAUAGUUUGAGGGGAAGUGGUGGUUUUCUUCCAACAGGGACCAUAUUUUAAUCCAGCAGUUAUUGCCUUUUUUAAUAUUUUGUUCCAUACGUUUAUAAAUAUUUAAUGAAUAGCUAUGCAGCAAUAUUCUAUAAAAAUGCAUAAGACUUAAAGCUUUGGUUCACACUGUUCUUCAAGCUAUUGAAUAUAACGACAUGGUCUGAUUUUCUUCGAGGUAUGGAGUUACCACCUUUGUUUUUAGGUAGACUGCCUUAUGAAAUGAAUAGAGUUUCAAACUAUUUAAUACACCACCGUGAUAACAUCUGAACAAAAUGUGCACACAAUCACCCACUGUAGCAAAUGACCACAAAACCAUAGCAAAAAGUUUAAGACAAACACACACACACACACACACA